AUGAGUAAACCAUACUCAUCUGCUAUGUCUAUUGACUGGAAAAUGUUUUUCGAUAUUUGUACAUGGGCUGAAGAAAAGUUGGAAACAUCAUAUCAAGUUGGUAAAUGGCCUAAGUCACGAAUUGAUAAACUGUAUCAUUCCAAUAUCGCUUUAUGUUCAAAAUUCUCUCCGAAGACGUCAAUUGAAGAAAUAUGGUUAACAUUUCGUCACAGUAUUUGUAGUGAUUUGAUUACUGGGUCGCCUUGUACGCUAUUGCAUAAAUUCUUGAUUUAUACACCAUUCUAUCCUAAAUAUUUUGAUGAUGAGAUUAGUCGUGUCUGGCUACCAGACAUAUUCGGUAUAUGGCAUAUCCAACCAAGUUGUAGAUCCCUUCAUGAAAUUAUUGAAAUAUUAUGCAAAGUUUCACAUAUUGGUCGUGGUCGUAUCGAUUGGGAACCGCAUAUGGAGCGUAUAUUCACUGCAGUGUUUCGAGGCAUUACGCUUAGAAAUACACCAUUGUCUUCUAGAGAAUUAAUGGACAGUGAUCAAAUACAGCUGUAUGCAGAAUUAAUUAAUAAUGAAUACUAUUGGUCCAGAUAG